CUGGUGAAGCUUUCACUUGUCUCCAUUUUGAACAAAGCGAUAGACUAAAUUUAAGAUGGCAUCUAGCGCUCUUAUCAAGGUGAAGAUCCAACGAAAUUUAAAUGCGAAGCCAAAGAGCGAAGGUACGACUGCGACUAACGGCGCUACUGAAAGCAGCAAAGAAACUCAGGCAUUAGGUGACGGUGACCAAGUUAACCAGAAUGAUAAACGGAAGGAGAAAGGGAUGAAGAAAACAACAAACCGUUUUGAGCCUUAUAACCCUCAAAGACGUUAUAGGGCUUUUAUCUCUAAUAUACCUUUUGAUGUUAAAUGGCAGGCCCUGAAAGACCUUGUCAAGGAAAAAGUUGGUGAGGUAACAUACGUGGAGCUCUUAAUGGACGAUGAAGGAAAGUCAAGGGGAUGUGCGGCUGUUGAAUUUAAGCUGGAGGACAGUAUGAAGAAAGCUGUGCAGGUUCUUAAUAAGCAUGUCCUUAAUGGAAGGCCUUUAAAAGUUAGGGAGGACCCUGAUGGCGAACGAUCCAGAAGAGCUGCCCACUCUGUUUUUGGGCCAGGGCCAAUGGGCAUGGGUGGUCCUGGACCAAUGGGCAUGGGUGGUCCUGGACCAAUGGGAAUGCCAGGGCCAAUGGGAAUGGGUGGUCCAGGUCCAAUUGGGCUGGGUGGACCUGGUCCUCUUGGAAUGGGUGGCCCAGGACCAGUUGGGGGGAAUAUUCCACCUAGCCUGCUUAACAACCCAAAUAUUCCUAGGGAAGUUAUCCAUGCACUACAAGCAGGAAGACUUGGGAGCACCGUGUUUGUAGCCAACCUUGACUACAGUGUCGGCUGGAAGAAGUUAAAGGAGGUAUUUGGAAUUGCAGGCACUGUAGUGCGGGCAGAUGUUUUGGAAGAUAAAGAUGGAAAGAGCCGAGGGAUUGGUACAGUUACAUAUGAACAACCUAUAGAAGCUGUUCAAGCAAUAUCAAUGUUCAAUGGACAGCCUCUCUUUGACAGACCUAUGAUGGUGAAAAUGGAUGACAAAUCAAUGCCCAAAGGAGACCUGUUCCCUGCAGAUCGUCCACCACAGCUUCCCCGUGGCCUUGGAGGUAUUGGGAUGGGCCUUGGACCUGGUGGCCAGCCAAUAGAUGCAAAUCAUUUGAGAGGAUCAACUAUGGGGGGCCCUGGAGGAAUGUCUAUGGACUCAAUGGGCUUUGGAAUGAAUAAAAUGGGCAUUGAUGGGCCUCCAGUUGGUGGGAACAGCAGUCUUGGUAGCAUAAACAGAUUUCCAUCUGGAAUGGGAAUAGGAAGAAUGAGUGGAGAUAUUGAUCGAGCAAUGAGUGCUGGCUUUGAUAGGAGCGAACUGGGCUCACUAUCCAGAGGUUACGGGGACUCUCUUGAUAGAGGGAUUGGCUCUGGAGCAGGAAAUCUUGUGACUGGUAUUGACCGACUAAGUUCAGGCCUAGGGAGAGGUGUAGACAGAGUAGCAUCUGAUAUUGAUAGAAUGGGGCUUGUCAUGGACCGUUUGGGACCUAGUGCUGACAGACUGGGUUCUGGGAUAGGUUCUGGCAUGGGAUCUCUGGGCAUGGACCACAUUUCCUCCAGUAUUGACAGAAUUGUAGCAUCCAGCUUAGACAGAAUGAGCACCGGUAUUGGUUAUGGGGUUGACAGGAUGGGAUCAUCAAUUGAUAGGGUAGGCUCCACAAUUGAUAGAAUGGGUUCCAGCUUGGAUCGCAUUGGUUCAGGAAUGGAUAGAGUGGGUGUUGGAAUAGACCGCCUAGGAUCCUCAUCAAUGGAUAGAAUGGGGUCUGGGCUGGAUCGUAUGGGCCCUAUGAUGGAUAGGCUGCCAUCAGUAGAGCGGCUUAGUGCUGGGUCCAUGAACAGAGUUGGAUUAGACCACAUGGCAUCCAGUCCUUUAGAUAGAAUGGGACCAGGAAUUGGAAUGGGUUCCAGCAUGGGACUGGGCAUGGGAGCUAGUUUUGACAGGCCAAUGGACAUUGACCACACUAAGUUUGGAAAUAAUUUUGGAGGUUCUUUUGGAGGGACAGCUGGUGUCCGGCCGGCUGCAGUACCACGGAAAGGAUGCCAGAUAUUUGUAAGAAAUUUGUCUUUUGAUUGCACAUGGAAGAUGCUGAAGGACCAGUUCAGUGAAUGUGGCCAUGUGGUGUAUGCAGAUAUAAAAACAGAGAACGGAAAGUCUAAAGGAUGUGGUGUCGUGAGAUUUGAAAGCCCAGAAGUUGCUGAACGAGCCUGUCGCAUGAUGAAUGGUGCCAAGCUUGGCGGCAGGGAAAUUGAUGUUCGGAUGGAUAGAAAUGCUUAAAUUUCUCUUUGGCAUGCCACUUGAUCUUUGAUUUUGUUUUUAUAUUGUUGGGUGCAAGAAUGUCUGUUUAAGGCAGAAAUUGAUUUCUUGCCAGUAGUGGGAUUUUUUUUUUUUUUCCCUUUUUAAAAUGAUUUCUUGGGGAGGGGGAAAUGUCAUUUUACCAGAUUUGGUUCUCUGUUGUGACUCUGACAUGAGUAACACUUUGUGUUUAAUAAUAAAUUCAAGCUGUUAAUGCGA